AAACGAUGUGGUCCUGUUCGGCUCCUUCUUUGAAGAUGUGAUCGGUUGCCUCAACCAUCUACCCACUCAAGGCUUCCUGAUUUGUGCUCGAUAUCCAUGCUCACCAAAUUCCAAUUUCCUUUCUCAUUUAGACCGAGAUGGUAUUUUUGUAUCCAAAACCGUAAGAGGUGUGGAGUUGGAUCCUUAUUCUAAUCGACCUGAAAAGGUGGAAUCAACACAAUUGAUCAAACCCCUAUCGGAGCAACUCAGCACAAAGGAUUCCGAAUCAACUGAUCAGCGUCUUCCGCAAUACUCGCGUUUGUGGCUGCCUGAUAGACUUCGUUUUCUAGAGUCUGAUUCUAGCAUACUUUCUGUGGAUCAAGUCUCGAGCACUCUCGUACCUAUGAGGACACCUGAUCAGCCGUCACUAGCACCAAAGUGUGAAACAAAUGGCAUCUUUGACCCUCAAUAUGACUGCCUGUCGGCGGCAGUAGCUACUUCUUUUGUAAAAAGCCCCAACCCCAUAGAUGGCUCCGGACUUUAUGGAUCUAAUCGACAUCUUCAUCAGCAAUGCUUAGCCUCAGUUAACUGUGAGCUUGCGGAUCAGGACUUGGGUCAGGCGUCAAAUGAUGAUAGCCAAGCAACGGUGCUAUACUCGGAGGAGACACUUGCUUCAGAUCUGGGCGAUUUACGCGCCGAUGUUGACCAAGAGGUUGGCAGUGAUGUUAGCGAUCAGAUAAAUGGUACAGUUUCAUUGCUGAUUCCGCCUUCUACCUUACGCCUCAACCCAACUGGUUUUGAGUCAAACAAUUUGGCCCCUGAACGCCAUUCCAUUCAUAAAAAAGAGAUAAGCCCUGGUCCAACUUCAGGCACACCAAGCCACCCUCAGGAUCAGCAACGGCAACAGGAGACUGUAAGAGCGACAUCACUGUUGGCUGGGCCGCAAUCUUCUGCAGGACUGUACGUCCAGGAGUCACUUGCAAUUGACAGUCUGAUAGCGGGAAAAGCUAGUCGGUCUGCCGCCUUUUCGCAUACUCGUAUAGCGACAGUUAUUAAACACGACAUCGGCUCUCCACCA